CCGUCUCUUGACUAAUUAGAGAUUGAAACAUCUUCAGUGCCAGAGUUAGGGUUUCACUUUGGUUUUCACUCUACUUUCAGCUACUAGAACUAAAUCGCAUUCACUAACUCACUUUCAAUUGAAGUUUCUAAGACUAAAUUUGGGUAAUAAUUCUUCAAAUUUAUGAUCUUCCAGUUAAAUUUCCUUCUUCAAUUCAGCCUCAAUUUGAGUUAUUCACUCUGUUACAGUGAUUUCAACUGAUCUAAACUUAAUCACGUAAGUAAGAACACAAAUUCUCUAUGCACUUCCAGGAAUAAUGAUUAGUACUGAAUUAGCCAAAUAUUGAAGAAAUUAGCUAACAGAUUCAGAGAUUUUGGAAAAAUGAUGAUAAUUAUAGCAACAGUGAUAUUGGGCAUUUUAUAUGGAGCUUAUCUUUUGAUGCCGCAAGGGCGUAAACCCGGUAAAGUCGUAGCGGUCAAGUCGAAUGCUAAGGAGUCCAAACUGUACACGCGUGAGGAAAUCGCUUUACACAACAAGAGGACAGAUUGUUGGAUUAUCAUCAAAAACAAGGUAUUCGAUGUUACUCCUUAUGUGGAGGAACAUCCAGGAGGUGAUGCCAUUCUGGUGCACGCCGGAGAUGAUUCAACUGAAGGAUUUUACGGGCCACAGCAUGGUACCCGUGUUUUCGACUUGAUUGAUGAUUUUUGCAUUGGAGAGUUGCAACAAUAAAUUUGUGGAACCAAGCAGGCCUGACCCAAAAAUGCAAAGUCUGAUCUGCUAAAAAGUUCAGGUCCAUACCAGAAGCAAUUUUUUUUUGAAGCACCAUAUCAGAAACUUGGUCUUCUACUAAAUGUCUACAACUGUAAGCUCAAUAUCAACUGGUCACCUCUUUGAAUACUUACAUUAAUGUGAAUUCAUUGUUCUUGUUAUGAUUUCCUUUUAAUCUUGUAGUACCAUUAUUGACAACACUACCAUUAUCUUUGAUUCCUUUUUCUUUAUUAAAGGGUUUUUGAAAUUACU